AUGAGUGUGAUACCAUCUGAUGUCCAUGCCAGGCUAAGCAGCCUUCUUCAGAAUCUACUUUCAACCGAGUUCCGAGUUGAGGCGGAGAAGGCUCUUGACCAGGAAUGGUCGAGCAAGCAAAAUGUCGAGGUUUUGCUCGUUUUUUUAGCCGAGCAGGCGGCACAGGGAGAAAAUGACACGGUGAGACAAUUCUCCGCUGUCCUUUUGAGAAGACUUGCCAUCAAGUCACCGAAGGAACUCUCUAGCGUGACUGAUAGGACCAUUGGGGUCAUCAGCGAUGGAGCAAAGCAGCAAAUAAGAUCAACUUUACUCCAAGGGUUCGGUUCGCAACAGUCAAACUCGGUGAGGCACAAGUUGUCCGAUGCCAUUUCCGAGGUCUCAAAGAGCGAUUGCUCUCCUCCAGGCAGUUGGAACGAGUUGAUACCUGCGCUAUUUGCAGCUGCAAAGAACCCCGACCCCAGCUUUCGCGAGUCGGCGUUUAGAGUCUUUUCUGCAUCUCCAGAGUUGGUUGAUCAAUCUUAUAUCAACGAGGUUUUACCCGUUUAUAACGCCGGUUUUGAGGACGAGAAUGAUGACGUGCGCAUUGCUGCGUGCACGGCGUUUGUUGCCUUCUUUAGGGAGUUGCCAAAGUCAACGUGGCCGUCGUUAUCGCCAUUAUUGCCCUCGCUUUUGAACUCAUUGCCCAGAUUUUUGCAAAAUGGCCAAGAUAUUGCGUUGACCUCGGUCUUGGAGGCCUUGGUUGAAUUGGUUGAGCUUGCUCCAAAGAUGUUCAAGAACAUGUUCCCCACAAUAAUCGAAUUCUGUGCUGUUGUCUCGAAAAAUAAGGACUUGGAUUCAGCUGCCAGGAUGUCCUCGUUGGAGUUGCUAACAACGUUUUCAGAAGUGUCUCCCGCCAUGUGUAAACGAACACCAUCCUACACCGAAGAAAUUGUCCUCAUCACCUUGUCGAUGUUGACGGAGGUUUGUAUAGACGACGAUGAUGCUGCAGAUUGGAACAAUAACGACGACACCGAGGACGAUGACGAGGAGCCUGAAUACGAUGCCGCGAGACAGGCGUUGGACAGGGUGAGUUUGAGGCUCAAUGGCCAAUGCAUGGCAGGUCCAUUGUUCCAGUACUUGCCCAGCAUGAUCCAAUCUUCCAAUUGGAGAGAGCGCCAGGCUUCGUUGAUGGCCUUGUCCUCGGCAGCCGAAGGGUGUGCCGACGUGUUGAAGGGAGAAACAUCGAGACUUUUGGAUAUGGUGUUGCCCACCCUCAACGACGAGCACCCACGUGUUCAAUACGCAUGCUGCAACGCCUUGGGCCAGAUGUCCACCGAUUUUGCGGACUACAUUCAAAGAACCUCGGGUGAUAGAAUUUUGCCGGCAUUGAUCUCGAAGCUCACAACUAAAUCGGUUCCUCGUGUGCAAGCCCAUGCUGCUGCUGCCUUGGUGAACUUUUCCGAGGCUGCGUCAAAGGAGAUUUUGGAGCCAUACUUGGACGACUUGCUUAACCAUUUGCUCGUCUUGUUGCAAUCCCAAAAACGUUAUGUUCAAGAGCAAGUCUUGACAACAAUUGCUAUAAUUGCCGAUGCCGCCGAAAAGACCUUUGUCAAGUACUAUGACACUUUGAUGCCGCUCUUGACAAACGUUUUGCAAACUGAUGUGGGAGACGAAAACAGGAUCCUCAAGGCCAAGUGCAUUGAAUGCUCGACAUUGAUUGCGUUGGCGGUGGGCAAGGAGAAAUUCCAGCCGCACAGUGUCGGCUUGAUCCAGCUUUUCGGGCACAUUCAACAAACUGCAGUUGAAGACGAUGACCCAGUUAAGCAAUACUUGGAGCAAGCCUGGAGCAGAAUCUGUAGAAUAUUGGGCAAGGACUUUUUGCCGUACUUGCCCUCGGUCAUGCCUCCGUUGAUGAUCACCGCGAAAGCCUCGCAGGAUAUCUCAUUAUUGGAGGAAGAUGAGGCGGAAGAAUAUAACAACAAUGACGAGUGGGAGGUGAUUAAUUUAUCAGGCAAGUGGAUUGCCGUACACACUGCUGCCUUGGACGAUAAGGUCACCGCGAUGGACUUGUUGAGGACUUAUGCAAUCCAAUUGAAAGAGGACUUUUACCCAUGGGCAAAAGAGAUUGCAGAUGAGAUUGCGUUGCCGGGCUUGGACUUUUAUCUCCAUGAUGGGGUGCGAGGGUCGGCCGCUUUGACUUUGGCUUCUUUGUUGAAAUGCGUUGUGGCUGCCACGGGCAAUGACUCGCAGGAGACGCUUCAGUUGUGGUCCAAGAUUUGCGACAAGUUAUCGGAAGUUCUCAAAUCGGAGCCCGUGGCAGAGUUGGUUGUGGCUUACUACACGGCGUUGGUCGAGUCAGUCAAUUCGUUGGCGCCCAACUCCAUAUCUGCGCCUCAGUUGCAAACAUUAUGUUCAUCCAUCAACUCCAACUUGGUCGAGAUAUACGAGAGAAUCAAGUCGCGGGAUGACGAGGAUGACGAAUACACGGAAGAUCUCGAAGAGAAUGAAGAAGAGUACACGGAUGAGGAAUUGUUGGAUGAGAUCAACAAAUCCGUCUCGUCGAUUUUCAAAAAUGUCAAGGCAGCUGCCCUUGAGAAUUUCCAAGAAUUUAUCCCUACCGUGUCUACAUUCAUCAACGAGGACAACACUGCUGCGUUGAAACUCUGUGGCUUGUGCAUAGUCUGUGACAUUUUAGAGCAUGGUGGACCAAGUUCAGUCGUGUUUAAAGAAUCAUUUUUGGGUGUUUUGGCCAGCUCGUUGGUAUCUCCGCACGCGGGUGUGCGUCAAGCAAGUGCCUAUGCUGUAGGUGUGGCAGCCCAAUUUGGAGGCGAGGACUAUGGAGAGUUUUGCAUUGCAUCAUUGGAACCAAUGUUCAAAAUGGCACAAGUGGUAGAUGCAAGAGCUGAUGAAAACGCCAUUGCUACAGAAAAUGCCGUUGCGGCAAUUGCCAAGGUUUGCCAUAAAUUUUCCUCGGCGAUCCCCAACUUGAAUGCGUUGUUGGACCAGUGGAUUUUGCUCUUGCCUAUAGUGCAAGACGAAACCGCGGCUCCGUUCCCAUACGUCUUUCUUUGCGAGUUGAUUGACAACAACCACCCGGUUGUCCGCAAACACAUUGCAAAAGUUGUCGAUUCCGUCAUUCAAGCAUUGGCCCAUGCAGCUAUCCACGGAAACACCGCCACCAGAGUUGUCACCUCUACAAGACAGUUGCUCAGCUCGAUUCCUCACGAAGAAGCGGUGGCGUUGUUGCAGAAGAACCCCUCCGACCUUGACAUCGUGAAUAAAUACUUUAGUUAG